AUGGCUUCAAGACCUUCGAAACGAGUCAAACUCAACUCCGGCCAAAGAGAUGCUUUGUCAGCCUCACUGCAGUCGUCUCUGGACGGCAUUGUCACCGACCCGGCGUCCAUUCGCGCGAAGAGAGCUGCCUUUCUCGGUUCGAUUUCUAGGUCAAUUUCACCACCGGGAAUUCAAAGGUCUGGGGAACCGCCUCCACGGCUGCGAGAUGAAACCAAAGAGGAUCCCGAAAAGCACGUCGCUCCCCGUUCUCCGCGGCCACAGAAACAUUCUUCCAAGGCUCACCACCAUGGCGAGUCAAGUAAGAGCUCAGACGCUCAGUCCGCCAUCGCUGGGUCCAAGCCAGUCUCUGCAGCGAAACUCCUCCCAUCGCCUUUCAGACUAACCACGAUUUAUGAGCUUCCAUCUUCUAAGAAUGUUGACACGAUUUCACUUCAUGACAUCCUUGGAAACCCACUGAUCAAAGAAACUUGGAUCUUCAACUUCUGCUUCGAUGUCGACUGGCUGAUGACCCAUUUUGAUUCCGAUAUCCGCUCCAACGUCAAAGUGAAGGUCAUUCAUGGGUCAUGGAAAAAUGACUCCCCAAACAAAAUCGCCAUCGACGAUGCAUGUCGCAGGUGGACGAACGUUGAAUCCGCCACUGCUUAUUUGCCUGAUCAAUUUGGAACUCAUCACAGCAAGAUGUUCAUUCUCUUCACCCACGAUGACCUUGCCCAGGUUGUCAUUCACACGGCGAAUAUGUUGGAGAAGGAUUGGACGAAUAUGACCCAGGCGGCGUGGCUGUCUCCUAUGCUCCCGCCUCUCGAGGGAAAACAUGUGGAGAAACCUGGAAAGAUAGGAACUGGGACAAGAUUCAAGCAUGAUAUCCUGGCCUAUCUCGCAGCGUACGGGUCGAAAACGAAGGCUUUGCGGGAACAACUGACACAAUUCGAUUUCCGCAGCGUCCGAGGUGCACUUAUAGCUUCAGUCCCAUCGCGAAUGAAGGAGCCGUCAACUACGCAAUAUAGCCAGGCCAUUUGGGAUCUCAAACUCUGGGGCUAUCCAAGUUUAUCGCGUGCGCUGCAAUCGAUUCUCUUGCAACAACGGCAGACCAAACUUUCGGACAAGUCAAGCGAACAAUCCCCACAUGUUGUUUGCCAAAUUUCCUCAAUUGCCACCCUUCCGCAAAGCUGGAUGAAUCAGUUCUUCCCAAUCCUCUACUCAACCCUGCAACCCACCUCGUCCAGUUCGGCACAGAAAUGGGACCCUUCGCACAUCUCAAUCAUCUAUCCAACACCCCACAACGUCGCGACAUCACUCGACGGCUACGCAUCUGGCGGCUCUAUCCACACAAAGGCCCAGUCAGCCGUCCAUCUGAAACAAAUUGCCGGCCUUCGGGGUUCGCUGUACCAAUGGGCCAGGGGCUCGAAGGAAGAGACAAGAGCGGGACGAGACGAGGCAGCUCCGCAUAUCAAGACCUACGUGUGCUUUGAAAGCAAGCCUUCGGCGAUAAAGCCCGUGCCGACUGUGAAGUGGGCGUUGUUGACGAGCGCGAAUCUAAGUCAACAGGCUUGGGGUGCGCUCCGUCCGAAGGACAAGGAGAUCGCGGUGCAGAGUUACGAGAUCGGCGUGCUGGUUUGGCCAGAGUUGUUUGCGGAGGGGUUUGACACUGAAGACGCGAGCGAGACCGACAAGCAAGAUUCAGACAGAGGAGAAGACGCCGAGAACAACAAUGCGUCUACUGCACGCGGGAGCAGCACUGAAAAGAUAAAAAUGAUCCCUGUUUUCGGAAAUGACACACCCGCUCCUCUGUCUCCGCCUUCGCCUUCACUGACCCCCAACAGCAUCGAUCAUCAAUCUUGCGGACCAGAAACGCUAAUCGGACUGCGCAUCCCCUACGACCUCCCCCUCACGCCGUACGGCAAGGAUGAUAUGCCGUGGAGUCCACAGGGCGUGUAUGAGCAGCCCGAUCGAUGGGGGAGACGAUGGCCGAGAGAUUUCUCCUGA